CUGGUGGCAUCCGAGAGACAGGUGUUCGUCAGGCAGUUGAAGCACCUGAGGAGCCUGCUGAGCCCUCAGGAUGGAGCUGCAAAGGUGACCUGCAUGGCUUGGUCCCAGAACAAUGCCAAGUUUGCCAUCUGCACAGUGGACCGAGUGGUGUUGCUCUACGAUGAACGUGGGGAUAGGAGAGAUAAAUUCUCCACCAAACCAGCUGACAUGAAGUAUGUCAGGAAAAGCUAUAUGGUGAAGGCCAUGGCUUUUUCUCCCGAUUCCACUAAAAUUGCCAUAGGACAGAUCGACAGCAUCAUCUAUGUGUACAAGAUUGGCGAAGAUUGGGGUGACAAGAAAGUCAUCUGUAAGAAAUUCAUCCAGACGAGUGCUGUCACCUGUCUGCAGUGGCCAGCAGAGCACAUCAUUGUUUUUGGACUGGCUGAAGGGAAGGUUCGUUUAGCAAACACUAAAACUAAUAAAUCAUCUACCAUCUAUGGGACAGAUUCUUACGUGGUAUCACUGACAACAAAUUCCUCUGGGAAAGGAAUUCUCUCUGGUCAUGCAGAUGGCACCAUUGUUAGGUAUUUCUUCGAUGAUGAAGGCUCUGGAGAGUCACGGGGGAGGUUGGUUAACCAGCCAUGCCCGCCCUAUGCCUUGGCUUGGGCAACCAACAGCAUCGUGGCUGCAGGUGAUCGCAGAAUUGUAGCCUAUGGAAAGGAUUGCCACGUGCUACAAACUUUUGAUUACAGCCGUGACCCUCAGGAGCGGGAGUUCACCACCGCUGCUGCAAGCUCUGGGGACCAGUCUCCAUCUCUUCUGAAAUCCACCUCCUUAAUUUCAGACUUUGGGUCUCUCAACUGGAGCCUUCGAAGAAGCAUCUGGGAAGAGGCAAAGCCCAAGGAGAUUACCAACUUAUAUACCGUCACUGCCUUGGCCUGGAAACGGGAUGGCUCACGACUCUAUGUGGGCACACUCUGUGGUGGAGUGGAACAGUUUGACUGCUGCCUCCGGAGAAGCGUUUACAAGAAUAAGUUUGAGUUGACGUGUGUGGGACCCAGCCAGGUGAUUGUGAAGAACCUGUCAUCGGGGACCCAGGUGGUACUCAAGUCACACUACGGCUACGAGGUGGAAGAGGUGAAAAUCCUCAGAAAGGAACGUUACCUGGUGGCCCACACGUCAGACACGUUGCUGCUGGGGGACCUGAACACUAAUCACCAUAGUGAGGUGGCUUGGCAGGGAUCUGGUGGCAAUGAGAAGUAUUUCUUUGAAAAUGAAAAUGUGUGCGUGAUCUUCAAUGCUGGAGAGCUAACCCCGGUGGAAUAUGGGCGUCAUGAUACCCUGGGUUCUGUGGCUACUGAAUUCAUGAACCCCCACCUCAUCAGUGUCCGUAUUAAUGAGCGGUGUCAAUGAGGGAUGGAAGACAAUAAGAAAUUGGCUUAUCUUGUUGAUGUUAAGACUCUUGCUAUCGAGUAUGACAUUGGUAACCAGUGA